AUUCCCAGAAUCAUUAUUAGGGCUGAUUUCUUUGUAUGUUAGAGGUAUAGGCCUUGAAAUUUUUCACGCAAGACAAAAUGAUCCGAAAGUGCUUGAUACCGCUUUCAAGCAAGCUUGGGUUCUUUAUGCGCCGACCGCCACCGUAUCUCAAGUCCAUCUCGAGCAGCUGUGCGGCCGUGCAAUCACCCUUGAGUUGCAGCACCACCCGACGACGGGUUUCCUCUACCGAGGAGACGGAUGGUGGAAAAGAUCGGACGUACAACCCCAGUGAUAGUGUCAAAGUGGAGUUUCCGAUUGUACAACUGCCAGCUCGUACGCUUUGGUGCAAGCAGUACACACUCAACCCGAAACUCGUCGCUCAGGAUGAGUUCAGCGAUCUUAUCGCGAAGGUGAAAGCCACACGGCAUUAUUACCAAUACCCAUCCCUCUGCGCACCGCAAAUUGGGUGGAAUGUUCAGAUGUUCACAUUGUUCGACGAUAGCGUGUUUAUUAACCCGAUUAACCUCGAUGCAGAGGCAUGGGCGGCGGAGGCGAAGGCCCAAGGGAUUUCCUCCUACAUGGCUUAUGAAGAAAAAAAGGUUAGAGCGCUUCGGCUGGAAAGGAAGACAGGUUUCGCCUGGGAGCCGUGCGCGAGCUGCUGCUUUCUGAUGCACUACAUCGAGCGGCCCUCUACGGUCCGCCUGCGGGCGCUCGACGAGCACGGAAAACCCUUCGAGACGACUCUUAACGGAAUACGCGCACGCAUGGCGCUGCAUGAAUUAGACCAUUUAAACGGCGUGCUUUUCACGCGUCGUGUGGUGGAUAUCGACCACGUUCUCCCCCUUGACGGGUUUGCCGGGAUGGGGGAUUGGAGUGACGACUUCCCUUCACUCGAGGCGCGGAGCACCUUUCUCUACAGCAUCUUCACCCCUCCGUACUACUUCUCGUCCGAAUCCGUACCGGACGCAAAUCUCCUGCAUCGCAAGUACGAGGAGGGCGUCUACCCGGGCUGUGAGCACGAUCGCCAUGCGAGAAUUCAAAGCGCCGCGUACGAAACACUCCAGCGCGAGCGGUGGCGACAAAACAAAGGCAACAAUCACCAUGUCCUCCCCGCGGAGGCCCGCGAGGCGGAACAGGAAGAUGAAGCAACGUCUCAACCACCGUCAAACGCCGCUCCGUGA